AUGGUGGAAGCAGAAGAAUAUCAAGAAGAGCAGACACAUCAGGUGGGUGGUAGCAACAUUGAUAUUAGUAGUAGCGGUGGCAGUGUGUCCAGGCACAGACAAUGGAGGCCAACCUUGCAUAGCAUUGCAGAGAUUGGAAUUUAAGUCCUCCAUGCUUGCUACUUGAUUGUUUGAGAAAAAUUGCCACCGGACGAAGCCAUUCGGAUCCCAUACAUGUCAUUCUUCAUGGGCUUGCUUCGGGCCUAGUUGGUGAUUCCUAGUUUGGUUGAAAUUUUUUGUAUCUUUCCAAUGAUAUUUGUUGUUGUCAAUGUGACCGACUUGUAAUAAUUAUGGAGUUAUUAUCGUACUCAAAAUCUAUUAUAGAGUUGUGAUCAUAGUCAAAGUCUAAGUCAGUUAAGAUGCGAUACAUACUAUUGUAUAUAAGCAAUUCAUUACAAUUUAAUGUGUAGAGAUUUGAUCUU